CCUCGGUACAUGAGAGGGGGCGGCUAGAUUAAGAUUCAUUUUGCAUGCAUAAUGCAGGCUCCGUCGAGAAGUGUUGCAAGCUAAAUUAACCUACUGUUGUUAACUGGCAAUGCAGCGACCGGUCACAGUACGUGGCCAGCACAGUCAUCGUACUGUGCAUCGUAGCCCUGGCGCUGGGCUACAUUUUCAUGACGACAGAACGCCCGACAUCCACGGCCAUCCCGACAGCGGGGACUACUCCAGCACAGCUGAAGACAACCACCUCGACUACCACGAGAGCUCCAGCCAUUACAGGUCUGCUGUCCUUGGAAAAGAUUCAAGAUAAGUUGAAAGACAAGUUCAUGACUGCAAUACAGUGGCAAGAGAACCAGGAGUUCAGUUACUUCGAAGCUGUGGCAAAGAAUCCACAGUGGAAAGUCUCUUCUUUCCAUGCAAUAACGGAAGUGAAUCUGACCAAACAAAGCGCACAGAAAGUUAAGGAAGAACUGAUUGAGGAGCGGAAGGCUUAG